AUGGACCAGUGGCGAUGGAAAAACUUCACAAAACCUGUUUUGACAGAAGUAAGUUGGGAUUCUCGUGUUUUUCCCUGUCCCUCAAUCAGCUCUUCUUCUCCAUACCUCGCUCAGUCACAGCUCCAUUUCAUAACUACAACCGAGCAAGUUGAGUGGGAUUCAAAUAGAAUAUAUUUUAAGCGACUGUGUUUGUCGUUGAAAGAACACUCUACAGUUGCACAUAUCAUCCCUACGGAAGCUCCAAUUGAGGAAGAAACCUACCACGUUACAACGCAACGCACUAUUAUUCGGUAUGAAGUUGCGAAAAAGCUUGGGUAUGGGGCAUCUUCAACGAGCUGGCUCUGCCGGGAUCUCCAGUCUCCCAGUUCAGUCGAUUCUGAAGGAGUUCUGACGAGUUCUAAAUCAAAUAACUACGUGGUAUUGAAGGUGUCCACAUCUUUGCCAGGCUAUCCCACUGCGACAGAUCGCGAGUCAAGAGUCUAUGAACACCUGGCAAAAGUUGAUUCUUCGCAUUUUGGUCGGUCAUUGAUCCGCGAACUGUAUGAUUCCUUCGACCACCAGGGUCCUGGAGGCACACAUCGAUGUCUUGUACUGCAGCCGGUGAACAUGACACUUCUCGAAAUGAUGAGAAUGGAUCCCAGGCCGUUUGAUCUACCUCUGGUGAAGAUGAAUCUAAAGACCGAUAAUUUGAUGCCCAGCUUAGAGGAUAGAUCCAUGCUGGCGAAUUUUGCAGCUACGGAAUACGAAAACCCAAGCCCUCGGAAGUUGAUUCACCAGUCACGUAUUAUUUAUACCAGUCAAAAGUUCUGCAGGCCGAUUGGAGGUAGAAACUACGGUCUCCUAGUCAUAUGCGACUUUGGUGACGCAAGGAUUAGCAAAAAGCAGGAGUCAGGACCUUUCGUCCAACCACAUAUAUACAGAGCACCAGAGGUCAUUUUUGAAAUACCUUAG